UGCGGGGCAACUUGUCUCUAUUCAUCUCCCUCCACCUGGCGACAAAGACCAACACCUCCUCCUCCUCCCAUCCCUCCCCACCCCUUACACCCCAGUACCUCCUACCAACACCGCCACCAUGGUCCUCCAAGACCUAGGCCGGCGCAUCAACACCGCCGUCACCGACCUCACCCGCGCCCCGACCCUCGAUGAGAAGGCUUUCGACUCCAUGCUCCGCGACAUCGCCAACGCCCUCGCCGAAGCCGACGUCAACAUCCGACUCGUCGCCAACUUACGAAAGACCAUAAAGACUACGGUCAAGUUCUCCGAACUGCCUCCCUCCGCCAACAAAAAGCGCAUCAUUCAAAAAGCCGUCUUCGAUGCGCUCGUCGAUAUCGUGAACCCGCAUCAAACGCCGUACCAACCGAAGAAGGGAAAGAGUAAUGUCAUCAUGUUUGUCGGUCUGCAGGGAGCGGGCAAGACGACGACGUGCACGAAGUUGGCGCGGUGGUAUAUGGCGCGCGGUUUCAAAACGUGCUUAGUCUGUGCGGAUACGUUUCGAGCUGGCGCCUUCGAUCAGUUGAAGCAGAACGCGAUUAAAGCCAAGAUCCCUUACUACGGCAGCUUAACGCAAACGGAUCCUGUGGUCGUGGCGAGGGACGGCGUGGAGAAAUUCAAGAAAGAGCGGUUUGAGAUCAUCAUUGUGGAUACGAGUGGAAGGCAUCAUCAGGAGGAUGCGCUGUUCGCGGAGAUGGUGGAGAUCCAGAAUGCUGUGCAACCGCAACAGACGAUCAUGGUGCUGGAUGCUUCGAUUGGACAGGCGGCGGAAGCGCAGAGUAGAGCGUUCAAAGAAACGGCCGAUUUCGGUGCAAUCAUCAUAACGAAAACCGACGGCGCAGCAGCAGGAGGAGGCGCCAUCUCCGCCGUCGCGGCGACGCAUACACCCAUCGUCUUCAUUGGAACGGGAGAACAUUUACUUGACUUGGAGAAGUUCAACCCGCAGUCUUUCGUCAGCAAAUUGCUCGGUAUGGGCGACAUGCAAGGCCUCGUCGAGCACGUGCAGAGUUUGAAGCUGGAUCAGAAGGAAACGAUGAAGAACAUCUCGGAAGGCAAGUUCUCCGUCCGGGAUAUGCGGGAUCAACUGGGGAAUAUCAUGAAAAUGGGUCCCCUGUCGAAAAUGGCGGGGAUGAUUCCGGGACUGUCGAAUAUGAUGGGCUCUAUGGACGAUGAGGAGGGAAGCGUAAAGUUGAAGCGGAUGAUAUAUAUCUGCGAUUCGAUGACGGUGAAGGAGUUGGACUCGGAUGGGAAAUGUUUCGUGGAGCAGCCGAGUCGGAUGACGAGGGUUGCCCGCGGGUCAGGGACGAGUGUGCGCGAGGUGGAGGAGUUGUUGACGCAGCAUCGCAUGAUGGCGGGGAUGGCGAAGAAGAUGAAGGGCGGGAUGCAGAAUAUGCAGAAGGCGCAGGGGCAGCUGGGUGGGGCGAAUCGGCAGCAGCAGAUGGCGGCUAUGCAGAAGAGGUUGCAGAGUAUGGGCGGGGCUGGUGGCGGCGGGGCGGGAGGCAUGGGUGGGGGUGGGAUGCCGGAUAUGGCUAGUUUGAUGAAGAUGAUGGGCGGUGGUGGUGGGGGUGGGAUGCCGAAUUUGGGGGGGAUGGAUAUGCAGAAGAUGAUGGGUAUGCUUGGGGGAAUGGGAGGGGGUGGUGGCGGUGGUGGAGGGAGGAGGUGAGUGUGUACUUUUUGUUGGGUUGAGGUAUCAUUGGUGCAUAGCGUUGGAGCAGAGAGGUUAUGUUUUGGCAUAGCGAUGGUGUUUGGGAUUGAAUGUGGACGCUGUCGGUGCAUGACAUGGCGCUUGAUGAGGCAAGUCGCCCAGCUUAGCUUGUUGGGUUUUAGACACUCUUAGCCGGAGAUGGAUAGCAAUGUCCAUGGCUUGACCGCUUGAGCGACGUAUGAUAGUUCUACUCGUGAU